GAAAACUGAAAACUUAGAAAUGGAGAAGAAAUUUAAGAACAGAAAACAGAAAAUCAAGUUCCCUUAUUUUAAAUAUUUACAAUCUUUUAAAACUUGGAGCCAUAAAUUGAAGGAGAAAGUGAAGUAAGGUGUUAAUUCGUUCAUUCUUUUUUUGAGAGGUUAAUUCGUUCAUUCAAUGAACUCUAAUUCUAGGGUUCAGUCAACAGUGAGUCAAUCAUUGGAGCUCAAGAUGAAGAAUCCUGCCUCUACUAAUUUCACAUGGAAAGUUGAUAACUUUUCCAAAUUGACUCAAAACGGACUGUAUUCAUACAUUUUCAUUGCCGAAAGAUGUAGAUGGAGGUUGCUUGUAUAUCUGAAAGUAGGUUAUGGCUAUGAUGAUCAUUUGUCGAUUCACAUAUUUGCUGAACCAAAUAAAUUGCCAAAUGGUUGGAGCAGAGAUGCAGAUAUCAGCCUGUCAGUAAUUAAUCAACUCGAUAACAGGCCUAUAUAGUUAAAAAAGGUACACAUGUAUUCAGUGAAAAAGCCAACGGUUGGGGUUUCUCAUCUCAUCCUAGAACAUUAAGUGGUCCUGUUGCAUGGUAUCUAGUGAAUGAUACACUUACAGUUGAAGCUGAGAUUCAAGUCCGUAGUGUUGU